UUGCUUAGCUUCAGCGCUUAGGUUUCGCUUUCAAUCAUGGAGAUCAUCAAGGAUACACCAUGGGUCUAUUGCAAGAAUUGAUUGCAUCCUUUCACGGUGGAAUUCUGGACAUGUUCACGCAACAACACCGCCAGUGUUUGAUUCGAAAGUUGGAUUCACGGACUACGAGAAAGAGCGGAGAGAAUUUCACAUCAGAGUUCCAGAAUACUUUAACUUUGCCAAUGUUCUUGAUGAAUGGGCGCAAAAAGAGAAGACAGGAGAACGAACAGAAAAUAACCCAGCCUUCUGGUGGGUCGACGAUAAAGGAAAAGAAAUAAAAUGGUCAUUCCAGAAUCUUACAGAAAACAGCAGAAGAACUGCGAAUAUUCUAGCGGGUGCAUGUGAUGUCCAGAGGGGGGAUCGUGUCAUGGUCAUUUUGCCGAGACUUCCAGAAUGGUGGCUCAUCAACAUCGCUUGCCUACGGACAGGAACUAUUAUCAGUCCUGGAUCAACUCAGUUACGAGCGAAAGACAUCGAGUCACGGCUGCUGGCUUCUAAGGCGACUUGCAUCAUUGCAGACCAGGAAAGUGCUGCGUUCGUCGAUGAGGUUGCUAAUUGUUCACCAUAUUUGAAAUCUAAGUUACUCGUGAAAGAAGAUGAAAAGACUCCAGACAGGAGAGGGUGGCUUCCUUUCCAAGACCUCUACGCUCAGGCUUCAAAUGAGCAUCAAUGCGAAGAAACACUGAGUAACGAACCAGUGACAGUGUUUUUCACAAGUGGAACAACAGGACUCCCAAAGAUGGCAGAGCACACACACGCUAGUUGUGGUUUGGGGCACAUUACUACUGGAAAAUUUUGGUUGGACAACAUUCCUGAGGAUGUCCACUGGAACCUCUCUGACACGGGCUGGGCAAAGUCUGCGUACAGCAGCUUUUUUGGCCCAUGGUCUCAAGGUGCCUGCGUAUUCGUGUACCAUAAGGCACGUUUUGAGCCCGUAGCUAUAUUAGAUGCGCUGCAAAAGUACCCAAUAAGCACGUUUUGCUCGGCCCCCACAGCCUAUCGAAUGAUGAUCCAAGAGGACCUUAGCAAAUACAAGUUUCCGUCAUUGAGGCAUUGUAUAAGCGCAGGAGAGCCUUUAAAUCCUGAGGUCGGAACUGAGUGGCGAGAGAUGACUGGGCUGGAGAUAAGAGAAGGAUAUGGUCAAACUGAAACUACCCUGCUGUGCGGCACCUUUCGUUGCCUCGAAAAUCGGCCAGGAUCCAUGGGUAAGCCCGCGCCAGGAUGCAACUUAAAGAUUGUGGAUGAACAAGGGAACGAAUGCCCGGAUGGAGUAGAAGGUGAAGUUGUUGUAGAAGUUUCAUCAAACAGACCUGUGGGACUUUUUACUCGCUACGUGGAUGAUCCUGAUCGAACAAAUGCUGUGUUGCAUGAUAAUUUCUAUUGGACUGGUGAUAAAGCUUACAAAGACAAAGACGGCUACUUUUAUUUUGUUGGUCGAUCUGAUGACGUCAUACUCUCAGCGGGCUAUCGAAUUGGUCCAUUCGAGGUUGAAAGCGCCUUGAUAGAACACCAAGCAGUCGCAGAGGCAGCUGUUGUCAGUAGUCCUGAUUCCCUAAGGGGGGAGAUUGUGAAAGCCUUUGUUACUCUCUCACCACAUUUUACUGGAGACAGAGAAGCAUUGGUCCAGGAAUUACAAGACCACGUGAAAGAAACAACAGCACCGUACAAGUAUCCGAGAAAGAUUGAGUUUGUGGAUAGCUUACCCAAGACAGUCAGCGGCAAGAUUAGAAGAGUAGAACUGAGACAGAAGGAAUGGUCUUAAAUGAAAUAUAAUCAAACAUAACUCACUAUUUGUUACAAAAAAAUUUAUAGCAUUAUCCUUCGUAAGCAUCUAAUUUCUAACAACACACGGUAGAUAAUGACAAUUGAAAUUAGUGAAAUGCAGUUUGUACAAGUAAUCACCUGAUUUCCGAGGCCACCAUAUUUUGGUAUGCUUUUGCGACACAGAAAAACCUGUCCUCUCUAUAAAGAAACCGUAGUAAACUUUUUUCUACGACAGGCGUCGACAAACACAAAGGAGUACAACUGAUUUGGAAAAUAAAGCGUUUAAACAAUUUUUAGCUAUCAUUAUUAUGCGUUACAAUACAUUAGCUGCUUCAGUGUAACUAUAACAGUGCUCUCAGGAACUAAACAAGACAAAGUUUAAAAAAAUGACGGUAUAAUUUUCCUUUUUAAUCCGAUAAAAUGAGAUAGAAAGUCUAGGAGUAAACUUCUUACUUUUACUUAGAGAUUCGUUUCUUUUUUUUUUUUUUUAGGAAGUAUUUACAUUGGAAAUCCUUCCUUUAAUUGAUGGAGUUGUUCCCCAAUUUUCCUGGCCAUGAUUUAGAGCAGGUUAACUAGAUUCGUCUUACACAACUAUCAAUUGGUUAUAAUAGGAGUUUUGUUCACUACGAUAAAACAUCUAUCAAAUAGAGAAAUAGUAAUUUUCAUAGACAGUAUUAAUUACCGGUUAAAAGUUUUUUUUUUUCUUAGUAGAAGCCAAUACUUAGGAGUUUCGUCAAAUAAGGCAAAUUAUCAAUUUACUGUUAAUAGUAAUUUAAUCGGAGAUUACAUUUGUUUUCUCUAGGGCCGGGUCACACUAGAGCUAAUUUUGUUUGUGUAAAUGUAAAUCUAUGAAAAAAGUAGCGUGAAAUUAAUACGUCCCCAGUUUCUAUGUCUUCGUAAACCAGACGCAACCCCAAAAAAGUAUUUUGCUACGACGAGGGGCUAACACUCGAAACGUCAGCUUUGAAACUCUUAACGGGAACCAAACUACCUGUUAUACUCUCUCACCGACGCAGCUCCAUAGUUUCUUUAGAAAUUUUCCCCCUUCAUCCACAAAAAGUCAGUUAGUACUGCACCGAAAAAACUAAAAUUUCUAUGUUUUUUGUCUGAGACUGAAAAACGAAGUCCCAGGAAGAAAACUACAAAGCCACGAAAUAACGAUUCUUUAAUUCUCUGUAAUUCGUACGAGAUGUUUUGGUUUAUUCGGGCACUAAAGAGCGAGAUGGGUUUUCGAUUGUCUCAUCUACCCAUCGGUCAAGUUUUGGUUGAAACUUAUUUGAUGCGACCGCCACCAAAAUUUGGAAAAUUUAAAAUUUUUGUCAAUUUUUCUCCGCGAAACAUUUGAAAAAAGUGGAAUUCGUUCUCGUGCGACCCAGUCCUUACUUCGCUCAUAAAUAUGUAUAGAAACCUCGCACCACUUCCUUAACAAAUAAGAUGCAAAUAAUAUUAAAAGGAAUAACUCGCGGCGUUAUUACUCGCAUUUAUCCGUGUUUCGGACAGUUCGCUUAAUUUUACCUAAUUUGAGGUUUCAUUGGCUCCGAGGGUCGUUUUCCUUUGUCCUGAUACUGUGGUUAGUUUGGUUCUGGUUCUACAACACUCGAUAUCACACCAAGUGUUUGUUUGUCUGUUUUGUUCGAUAUUUUCAUCUUGCAAACGGCUGUUUCCGGAUAAGCGUCAUAAUAAAUGUUUUCUGACCGUGA